UCCUACCCAGCCCAGACAGUAAAUAAAUAUCUCCGACUCUCUGUAAUAAAACAUGUAUACUCCUUGUCUGCUUGUACAGCUACAGCCUACAAGCCUGCUGCAUUAUAUAUCAACACACACACACAUACUAACAAUAUAUCACUCUUGAGAUCAAACCCUAAAACCCCAGUUGAAGAAAAUGGAGAACAAUGGUGAGAUCAACACAACUUUUGAAGAUCUUCCUCAAGAAGCUGCAGUCAACAUCUUCACAAGGCUUCCAGUGAAAACCCUGAUCAGGUCCACCUCAGUCUGCAAGAAAUGGUACUCUAAUAUCACUAACCCUACUUUCAUUUCAGCUCAUAUUCAGCACUCUCUCUCUUGUUGUGAUGAAAAUGCUGUUCUUGAAAUCCCCAAGAAUAUUAUGCGUAACAAGUACUGCUCUUUGGUAUCAGCUGAAAAUGGUGAUGUGCUUAAAAAGUACAAGAUUCCUUUUCAAACUAAGAAUGGUUCUUUGCAAUUAUGUGGGGCUUUUAAUGGGAUUCUUUGUUUGAAUGCACUUGAGUCAGACCCUAAUGUUGAUAUUGAGUAUCAGGGAAUGUAUCUGUGGAAUCCUUGUGUUGGGAAAUACAGAGCCCUUUUCUCGACUUGUUUCAAGAAACGGGGAUUUUGUGUUUAUUCACUUGGGUUGGGGGUUUAUGAGCCUACGUAUGAUUUUCGGGUUGUUAGAAUUGUGUAUCCCGCGGAUGACAGGGGUUAUGCGCUUGGGAAGGUGCCUCCUAAGGCCGAGGUUUAUAGCUUGAAGAGGAAUACUUGGAGGAGGAUUAAGGACCCUGGUAUUGGUUUAGUUGGUUUUCAUACUGGGGUCACUGUUGGUAAUAAUAUGACAUACUGGCUAAAUACAAAAGCUCCUCGAGGUUAUAAGGAAGAGGCGUGGGUGUUGUCGUUUAAUUUCAAUGAUGAGGUGUUUGGGAUGUUUAAAUUGCCGGAUCAUGUUCGUUAUUGUUUGGGAGUGAAGGCAGAGUUUAGACUCUUGAAGGUUGAGGGUAAACUUGCUGUUUUUGUUCUAAGUGAAAAAAAAGGAAGUAAUGGAAAUUGCGGCCAGCCUUGUUAUAUAUGGCUCAUGAGCCAUGAAGAUCAUGAGGUGUCGUGGAAUUUGCGUUUUAAAAUUGUACUCAAGAAACGUGAGUGGCCUUUGGGUGUUUCAAGGGGUGGAACACUUUUAUUGGUGUCACCAGGUGGGUUCAGUACAGUUUUAGCUUCAUUUAAUCUCAUGGGUGGAGAUCUUCAACAAAGUAAGCCACUGAACUGUGGACCUGGUGCUGUAGACACUCUUUUCAUAGAGAGUUUGCUCAUGCUUGAGGGACGGGAUGAACUGUUGAAAUCUGCAUAGAGAGCUUUCCUGAAUCCUUCUGAAACUCCUGGCAAUUUAAUUGCUAAUUUUUCUUCAGGAGGGAGACGACUGCAGUAGUUGCAUAUAUAUGGACUGAUGGAGUAGUUAUAUGGAGAUAUUAUUGAACUCUAAGUGGUAUAAUCUAUUUAUGAUUAGACAUGUCCCAAGUUUAUGUAAAACUUAUGCCUAUCAGACCAUCCACGUGUUACUUUACUGUCUUUUGCUACUUAUAUCAUCUGCAGUUCUGCACAA